UAAACUGUCAAACGUGUACCCCCCAAAAAGUAACUUUCUUUUCGUUUAAAGUCAAAUUGCCAUGUGUUUUCUUCACUUUACAACCGUCUCCAACACCAUAUGGAAGUGUCUUAUCUGUUUUGAACAUUUAAAACUAAAUUCGUUACGAUUACGAACAUUUUUAUUACUGUAAUUUACGAUGGCAUCCCGAAGGACCCGUAUCAAGGGCAUUGCCAACAUCCCCCAACGUCGUAAGACCCUCAACCCCCCUGUAAGUACCGAAGACAAGCCCCAAACAGCCCCCGAAGUGUCACCAGACGAACAUAACCUCAAUGUCGAGCAUGACAGUGUUCCGGUUACCACCGAGGGGGCGCAAUUUCGACGCAAAUUUAUAAAACCGACAGUGUCUUUAAAUGCAAUCAAACCACGAGUCGUUGAAGAAGUAAAAAAUAACAAAAUUGUUAUUUUAAACGAAGUUAUUGCAAAUCCUGCAACUGUGCAAAAUUUUGAGUUGAAAAGCCCCGAAGUGGUUGAAGAUGGGGGGUCACAAUUGACGUUUCCAGAGCCGCCUCRGAGUCCUACGAAGAUAUCAAGGGGYCGYAUUAAAGCAGUCCCCAAAUUGGGGGGCUUCCGUAAUAGUAACUACAGCGCCAGCGAAUCGGAAGACGAGAGUCGCAGGAACUACAGGCACAGGAAUGAUUCGGUGUGUUCGUCGACCUCCGGCUUCCAGGACUCGCUCCCCGAAUGCCCUUCGCCCCAAAAACCGAAAGAAUUCAGUUCGGUGAUCCAACGCAAAUGUCGUCGAACCGAACAAAGCCGAAAACUGGCGGAAGCCCGUCGUGAUUUCUUCCAAAAAUUCGGCCACAAAAAACCCGACCGUCAAAAACUGACAAUGAUCGACUUGAUUUUCUACAAUCCCGUCACAAAUCCCAUGAGUGCCAACAAAACAAAAGGAAAAAUAACGGAAGUGAGUGAAGAAAACGAAGAUGAAACGAAGAUCGACGAUCCUGGAAGCGAUGAAGAGAACGAAAUCCCCGCCCCCCAGAUCAAGAUCGGCCCCCAGGGGGACAUCAUCGUCGACGAGCAGAGUUUAGUCAUUGAGAAUAAAGCGGUGAAGAAGAAUCGGGAGGAAUUGGAGAAGAGAGAAGUGGUGAAUGGGGACUUCGAGACAGGUUAUGGGGUCUAUAAGCGCGCCAAACGCUCCAAAGACUGGACCAAACACGAGACCUUGAAAUUCUACAAAGCCUUGAACACAAUAGGCACCGAUUUCACUCUAAUGUGCGAGCUUUUCCCGCGAAGAUCACGRCGAGAACUGAAGAUGAAGUUCAAGAAAGAAGAAAGGAUUAAUAAGAAUCUAGUCGACCGUGCGAUAAUGCAGCCGUGUGGUUUCGACUUUAACGAAUUCAAACACGAAGUCGACAUGGAAGAGAAAGAAAAGGAAGAAAUCGAGAAGCAGAAGGAACGUGAGCGUGAGAUGAAGAAAGAAGCAAAGAAACGGAAGAUGGUGAAGGAAGUUGUUGAAGCGAAACGGAAGAAAUUGGACAUUUUGGAUGUUUUAGAAGAUAGUGAUGCUGAUGAUGAGGUUGAAGAAACGGUUUUGGAGAGUUUGCAGAAACCGACGAGGUCGGGGCGAGUGCCGAAGAUUUUGGAUAGGUAUAGGGCUCCAGAGUCGCCCCCUAGGUUGGAUAAGGCAAAACCUGGGUCCCUUAUUGUUGUUGCGAGUACGGGGGAUAAUGGGCAACCCGUUUAUAAGGUUUGUAUGGUGACUGGGGAGCAUGGGAGGAGGCAGAUAGGACAGGAUAUGUCGAGUUUGGAAAAGGCACUCGAGUGUAAGGAAAAUGGGAUUCAGGAUUUGUUUACGUUGUCAGCGGAAAUCCCCGAAUGUAAUGAGACGAUUCCYGCCGAAGAAAAUAAUGUUACUAUACCGGCGGAGGAGGAAUGAGGUGUAUAUAUGCCAUAGAUUUAGGGAUAUUUAUUUUAGUGUAUUUGUAAGUUGGUAAUUAAAUUUACUUUUGUUGA